GCCGCGCGGUCUUGCGGCCAGGAGGACUGCAGUGCCACCUCCCGAGAGAAAACCCGCGCGCUCACACGCCCGCCCGCGCGCACGCACGUGCACACGGGGAGUGUGGGUGGGAAGGACGUGAGCCAGAGCCUCUGAGCGCUGGGCGCUUCGCAGCGAUGGCAUCUGCCCUCAACAGCCAAAUUCACCCGCCCGGGACUCGCCCGAGCUCCAAAGCCGAUGCCAGCCCCAGCGCUGGCUGGAGAAUGAGCUGCGAUCCGGAGAUGCACGUGAAAAUGUGCAAGAAGAUCGCCCAGCUCACCAAGGUGAUUUACGCCCUGAACACCCGCCAGGAUGAGGCCGAGGCCAGCAUGGAGGUGCUCCGGGAAGCGCACCAGGAGGAGCUCCAGAGCGUGGUGGCUGAGACCAAAGCCAGGCUCCUGCAGGACCAGGGCCGCCCCAAGGAUGACGAGGAGGGCCUGCUCCGGCAAAUCCAGGCCCUGGAGAGCGCCCUGGAGCUGCAGAAGAAGCUGACCCAGGAGGCCCUCGCUGAGUCGGCUGCGCGCAGGCUGGAGACCAAAGAGAGAGAGCUGAGGGUGGAGGCCGAGCACGCAGAGCGGGUGCUGAUGCUGUCCAAGGAGAUGCUGGAGCUCAAGGCUGACUACGAGAACAGGCUGCGGCACCUGGCGAGCCAUGACGGUUCCCCAUGGGGCCAGCUUUCCCAGGAGAGCCCGGAAGCCAAGCCAGAGUCUGGCCAGAUCCCAGAGAUGCAGGAGGUGCUGCUGGAGGUGGAGCGGCUGCGGGCAGAGAACCAGCAGCUGAGCCAGGACUACGCCCGCAAGGCUGAGGAGCUGCAAGCCACCUACGAGCGGGAAAAUGAGGCCAUCCGGCAGGCCAUGCAGCAGUCUGUGAGCCAGGCCCUGUGGCAGUGGCAGGAGAAGGAGAGCGACCUCCGCAAAAACUUCCAGGGGCAGGAGUCAGCCCUGCAGGCCCAGGUCAGGAAGCUGGAAGGGGACCUGGAACACAGGGGGCGCAAGAUCAGUGAUCUGAAGAAAUAUGCCCAGAAGCUGAAGGAAAAGAGCCAGGACCUGGAUGUGCAGCUGAGGGAAGCUCGGCAGGAGAAUUCAGAGCUGAAGAGCACUGCCAAAAAACUUGGGGAGAAGCUGGCUGUUGCCAAAGACAGACUGAUGCUACAGGAGUGUCAUAUGACACAGAAAACAGAUGACAUGAAGACUGAGAAUGACAUCCUAAGGGAAGCAAAUGACUUGGAAGCCCGCAGUCUUCGUCCUCAGCAGGACCAAAGCCUUCCCAAGGAGCCUCCCAGCACGAAGGGUGGCACAGAUACACAGACCAAAGAAGAGGCAAAUGUCGAGACAGAAUAUAUGAAGCAACAGUUUGAAGAAGACCUUCAUAGGAUCAGGCGUCAGACUGAAGAGGAGAAGAAACACCUCCAAGACCAGCUCCUGAAGCGCCUGGAAGACUUGGUAAAGAAGCACACGAUGGAAAUCAAGUCUGUGCGCUCCUCCGUGGAGGCUGAACGAAAGAAGCUGCAGAAGGAAGUAGAGGUGCAGCUGGAGGAAGUAAAGAAGAAAUCAGAAAAGGAAAUAAGGCAGCUGGAAGAAGAGAAGUCAGCCCUAAACGUGCAGCUUCAGAGUUCUCUGCUUGAGGUUUUAAGACUGGAAGAAUUUAUCCAAAAACAUAAGGUACCUCUCCAAAGAGCUGAGGAAAGACCCCAGGAAUUAGACUGCCAGCCCUGCAGCAUUCCGGAGACCCAGGAUUCACACUCCAAACUGGAAGAGCCUUCUCAGACACUGCCCAGAGAGAACCAUCAACACACGUUAGCAGCUAAAGAAGGAACCAGCAAUGAUGAAGAAAGGACCGAAGUGCCCCUCAAGGAGGAACGUGACCCACAACUCCCGCUGGGCUCUUCACCCACGGAGAAGGCACCUGAGACCCAGUGUCUACAGGAGGACUGGCAAAGCCAGAAGGCCCGACUGCAAGCCCAGGUAGAAGGACGAGCCUGGGGGGGCUGUGCCCUGCACGGGGUGAGACCCCCACCCACUGUGGAGUACAGAGCCUGCUGGGGGACGGCAUGGGGGUCCUGGGUAAGGUGGGACUCUGGUUUCUUUAUUCAAAUCCCACUGUGCUACUAUGAGCCAUUGAGGUUACACCAGUGUGAUAAGUUACGCAGACAACUUGCUCCGGAGAAUGCGUGUAGGCUGCGGGUGCCCAGGGGGCUCCGGACGUCCCCCGCUGACCCAGAAGGGCAGUGUCGGGCGGAGCAGGAGCGCGAGCAGCUGCAGCAGAGCCAGGCGGCCCUGAGCGCGCUCGAGAAGGCCAAAGCCCAGGAGCUCAAGGCCACAGAGGAGCGCUUGAAGAAGGAAUCUAGUCACAGCCUCCAGAUCCAACAUCAGGCACACCAGCUGGAGCUCCAGGCCCUGGAGGAAAAGGCCUCACAGGAGCGGCAGGAAGAGCGGGAAAGGAUGCAGGCACAGCAGGCGAGGCUGCUAGAGUCCCUCAGGCAGGAGCUGUCAGAGCAGCGAGCUGCCUGCUCCGGGCACCAGAAGGACUUGGAGGCGCUGCGCAGCGUGGGCAGACUGCAGGCCACCAUGCUGUGUCCAGGGGACAGCGAGGACCGCGCAGUCACCUCGGAGGUUAGUCCCCCCCCAGGAUCGCUAGGCUGCGGACUCCGCGAGGAGAACGAGCAGCUCCGGGACGCAGUGCUGCGGCUGCGCGCAGAGGUGGAGCAGCACCAGCAGGAGGCGCGGCAGCUCCGCGAGCAGCGCAGAUUGCUGGAGGAGGGUCAGCAAGCCCAGAGGGCCAGAGAAGUGGAGACGCUCCGCCAGGAGCACCGGAAGGAGAUGCAGGCCAUGGCGGCCGACUUCAGUGGUGCCCAGGCCCGGCUCCAGGCCCGGCUCGCCGCUCUGGAGGCCGAACUGAAGGACUCCGGAGAGAAGCCAGGGAAGACAGCGUCCAGGCCCGAGGACCUGCAGCUCAUAGGCCGCCUGCAGAGUCUCCUCAAGGAGCGCGAGGCGAUCAUCAAGCAGCUCACGGAGGAGAGGCGGUUUCACUGUGCAGCCUUCCCCAGCACGGUGUCUCAUCGGAAUCGAUCGUUUUCUUUCCAUCCUCACCCGGGGUACUUGACCCCUUCCAUGAAGAAAAAGAAGAUGGAGGAGGUGCCCAGCCGAGUGGUGAGUGUACCCAACCUCGCCUCCUACGCCAAGAACUUCCUGAGCGGAGACCUGAGCUCCAGAAUCAACGCCCCUCCCAUCACAAAGUCACCCAGCUUGGACCCAAGCCCCAGCUGUGGCCGGCCUUACAAACCCUCCCCAUCUCUGGACUCGAAAACUGCCACAAGGACACAGGAUGGUGAAACAGCCCCACCCAAAGAAGCCCCACAGAAGCAGGGCUCCCCACACCAGGAGUGGUUCACCAAGUACUUUUCCUUCUAAACCGAUCUCUGGGAUACAUCACAAAGAGGACAUCAGAAAACACGGAAGGAAUGGACUGCAACCAACCGAAUAACCUGCUUGUCCUGUGAUUUCUAUAAGAUCGCUAAGACAAAUGUGGGCUUUACCAUUUCGUACCGUUUCAUUGUGUCGCUGCCAGUCUGUUAAAACAUUCUUGAUAUCAAAGAUAAAACAAACCAGUGUUAUUAGAAAGCACCCACAGGACAAUGUUACCAGUAAGUGCUGAUGAUGUGCACACUGUAUUUCUAGGUCCAUAACAUCGUACUCCACUUAAUGGGACAUCAGACUUUGUGAUUUCCUCGGCUUACUUUAAAUGUGGUUUCAUUAUUCCUUAUGACCCAAGUCAUCUCCGUUUGAAAAACUGUUUCUGUGUAAAAUGAUGUUAUUUCUAAAUGCACACCUAACCUCAGUAGGAGAAGAAAUAAGAUAAAGUUCAUUAUCAACAGGAAGGCCAGUUUCAAAAACAAAAACCCAAACCUCCCAGGAGCAGACCGCUGCGCUGUGUGCCCCGGUUGAAUGCUUGGGCUCCCCAGGUCCGGGACAGGUAGAUUCUAAGCAGGAAAACACCUACCUCCCAAGGGACUGCGCUGCGUCCUGUCCCACACCCGUUUCAGUGACUGUCAAGUUGGUCAUCUGUGAUGAUGGAUUCUAGACGAUCUGUUCUCCGAGUUACUGCUCCACCGACCCUGUCUGUGGUCUUGGGUUUGGGUCAUUUGCCUCUCGAUGUGUUGCUUCCGCACUGCAUGGACUCUCGGUAGGUUCACGGGGAACCGGGAAUGGCUGCUCAUGGUGCUGACCUUGUACUCCCCACCCACACAGAACUGUCUCACCCUCUGCCAGAGCAAUGCGAUUUGACAAGACCAAGUACAACCUGGAACAGGCGAAAUAGCUUUUCAGGCCUUUGGUGCUGGCCCAGCAAGGGGCCCCCAAACAGAUGUUAAUUCUAUGCACUGUCAAAUCUUUGCUCUUUUAAUAAAAUGUUAUACAUC